CUCGCACGCUGCUUGUCACUGCUUCAGCAGGUUUCAGGAAGCGGAAGCGGGAAUGUUGGAGUGUUUAUUAGAAAAGUUUGGUCAACUUUGACACUUUGGGAUUUGAGGCGCAAACUGCGGAGGAACAUGACGGUGUAUGUUGUCUUUUGCUGAUGUUGCUGUAGAGUCGUCAGUCUUCUUUGACUGACCGCAUCCAACCAACCAGAGAAAUGGAGAGUGGACCUCUGGCAAUGGAAGUCAGUACUGGUCUAGAUCCCACAUCAAGGCGUCAGGCCUGGGCCAAAACCAGAGAAUCCGUCUGGCAAGAUUCGACCUCAGAACACCUCUUUGGCCCCCAGGAGCCCCAGCCGAGUCCGAGUAAUGGGAACACACAGGGACCCACACAACAAGGGCCAGUUCCGAACAACAAGAUUGCCAGCUGGCUGAAUGACUGCAGAACUCCCCUUGGAGCCUCUCUAGAUGACCAGAGUGCUUCUCCAAGCAGAGGGCCUCUGAAGAACGGCUGCAGCUUUGAAGAUGACCUUUCACUGGGGGCUGAAGCUAACUAUCUUCAGUGCAAUAAUAAUAAAACCAAAGCCUGUUUUGGUCUUGCGGCGGAUCAGAAAAGGAGCCAAUAUAAAGAGAAAGGAAAGAGUAUGAACUCCACAGGUUCUGGGAAGAGCAGCACUGUGUCCAGUGUGUCAGAGCUGCUGGACCUAUACGAGGAGGAUCCUGAGGAAAUCCUGUUAAACCUUGGCUUUGGUCGAGAAGAACCUGACCUGUCCUCAAAGAUUCCCUCCAGGUUCUUCAACAGCAGCUCCUCCGCGCGAGGCAUCGACAUCAAGGUCUACCUGGCAGCUCAGCUGCAGCGGAUGGAGCUGGAGAACCCCAACUACGCCCUGACAAGUCGUUUCCGUCAGAUCGAGGUCUUGACAACAGUAGCGAACGAGUUCAUCGACCUCUUCAGUCAAGUAACUGGACAUUCGGUCCAGCGGAUCAGCACUACGGAUCAAGAAGUAGAGGGAGGAGAAAAAAGAGGAGGAGGAAAGGGAGGAGGAGACGAGCAGUCUUCUCCUCUGAAGAAGAUGAAUGUAAAAAACGCUGCCAAAAUCCUCAAGAGACGUCUUAGCAGCCGCAACUUACUCUCGUCCACCUCAGAGUCGACUGAAGCGCAAACACCUAACCAGCAAACGCUAACCAACGGACAUGCAGCUCCUGCUGACGCACCAGCCGGCACAGAACAGGACAGAUCCAGUACCGAGUCUCACCACCAGGCAGAGGUGGUUAGCCCGAAACACAUCCGCAAGAAAGACAACUGUCCCCUCGCGACAGUUACCGAGGAAAUCAGUGGGGAUGGAGAGACAGGUUCCCUAACAGACAGCAGACCUGAACAGCACACCACCGACCCAGACCUUCAGUCAACCAACCAGAGAACAGGGGAAGGCACUCAGGUGAUUAAAGAGGUGGAGAAAAGAAACUCCACCCCAGAGAAAGCUCCUCACACCCUGGCCCCGUCGCGGCUGGCACAUCUUCGCACAGAAAACGCAGACUCUUUUGAAAUAGAGGAGAUUAACGAAGACGAGGCUAACCCACACAGGACGUCUAGAUCGGGAGCAGACCUCCCGAGGACGGCCAGCGAACAGUCUGACAGCAGCGGCUUUGCUGAGGAGCCUUCUGCUGAUCUCAACAGCCACCUUAAGGUGCAGGUGAGUAGUGACAGCUGCGACAGCGAGACCACUGUGACGUCGCACCCUUCACAAGACGUGGCUACUCCCCUUGCAAUGGACAAGCCAGCAUUUGACCUGCCCGAUGGUAGAGAGGAAGAGGCGAGGCCAGGUGGCGCUGCAGAGUCGGAUCGAAGUAACAGCUCCAGGGAAGAGCACAUGGAUACAGAGACUUCGGAGCAGAUUCCACAGUACACAGCUCACCAUCUGCCCAGGAGCAGGCCAGUAGAAGUACAGCAAGAUGAAACUUUGGGUAAGGAGAAUGUUGAGAGAUGUGACCGGAGUGAUCCUGAUCCAGAGCCUGAGCCUGAGUCUGCUCAGAGUAUGCCUGCUGCAGAACAACAAGCACAGCCAGAGUCAAAGGAAUCCCAACAUGAUUCAGAGGAAGGACCAGAGCCCACUCAGAACCUGACAGAAACUGAAGGAGACACAGAUACAUCCACAGAGAAAACGAGUUCUGAGAUCUUGGAUGAUUCUGAAUCACUUUGUCCUGUGGCUCCAGCUUCUCCGGUCCUUAGCGCUUUACGCCGAGCCAAACAGUCAAACCAUAGAGCCCUAGAGAGGUCCUCUUCCUUGCCCUCUUCACUCCUUUCACCCUCCAAGAUUGUAUCAUCUGUCAGGAUCCAGUUUGGGCAAGGCCUGGCGUCCUGCACCCAGCCCAAGUACUCCUUUAAAUAUACCCCUGAGCCUGAGGACAAGAAAGAAGAAGAAGAAGGAGGAGGAGGAGAGGAGAAGGAAGAGGAAGAAGUGGAGGAAGAACCAACCAACUGCCUGUCAACUCUGAUCAUAAAUCCUGCCUCCUCAUCUAGCUCCAAAAAAAAUUCACCAGCUGUCUUUCCACCAAAGCCCAUACCUCGGUAUCUGAUGCGGCCAUCCUAUUCCCUACAGAGCACCAGCCCCCCUCCUGAUUGGCAAUCAGGAGUAAGUGCUGAAUCUUGGAGCACCCAGAGUGUUCCAGAUUUGUCCAAUCGGCAGCAGCCUGCCCACUUCCAGCAAAACAUGAAUGCCAAUCAAAACCAGCCAAGUUUGAAUCCAGGGGAGAAUCUGUUCAAUUAUUCUCACCUUUCAGCUCAAUACCCUUAUCCCAGCCCAAAUCUUAGUCCAAGAUUUAACUCCAGCCCACAUCCCUUGAUGUCGAACCCUACCUCUCCUCAUCUACACGGUAGUCUUCCUAACCUCUACCAUCACCACAGCCCUUCAGUGAACCACCGUUCUAGUCUAACCAGUCUCCACCAGCCUUCAACUUCCCCAGGCUCCCAGCAUGACAGCAUGGCCAACUUGCAUCCCCUUUCAACUCCCACAUCUCCUCACCACAUCCCUCCGGGUCACUUGCAUCCUGGACCUUCUGGAAUGUAUCACCAGGUCUAUAACCAUCAAUACAGUCACCAGCCACCCUACCAGGUCCCUCCUCAAGUCUCACAGUUUGGCUCGCCCUACUUUAGUCAUCAAGGUUACAACCCCUACCUGUCAUUUCCCCACCACACCCAUCUCACAGUGUCCCCAGAACACGGUGUGUAUCCAGGGCUGGCUCCUCCUCCUCCUGGCUUCCACAUAGCCACGGGUUCGGCCCUUAGCCCAGGUCACAACCUCCAUUCAGGGCUUCGCGAUGCUAAUGCUCCAGGUCCAGGACCCGGCCAGAGCCCAUCUAGCACAGAGAUGCAGCUAAGGAGAGUCCUGCACGAGAUCCGGGGAACAGUUCAGAGUCUGAACCGAGCCGAUACUCCAGACACGUUCAGUGAGCCCAGAGCAACUCUGCCUAAUCACCAGACUUUGGCGGAGUUUCAGCAGAAGAGGCGGAGCCUGAACUUGUUCCGCAGUCAGAUGAUGGAUCUGGAGCUGGCAAUCAUCCGACAGCAGGCUCCGGUCUACAAUCACCUGAGCCCUGCUGACAGGCUGGAGUUGGAGCAGCUCCAGUCUCUGAGGUCAGCAGUCAGAGAGGAACUGCAGGAGCUCGAACAGCAGCUGGAAGACAGACUGAUGGAGCUGACGCACCGCACGCAGCACAGAGGUCUUCAUAGAGACUGCAGUGUUGAAAGUCUGUCCACCGCCUCUGCGUUGAGAGCCAUGGAGCCGGUGUCAGACCUCCUCAGAGAGCAGCUCUUCCUGCAGUCAGAGAUCGGCUCUGACCGCCACUCCUCCUACACAAACCCCUCCCCGAGGUCAGUCAGUCCAGUCAGAGAAGAUCAAGGAGGAGGAGAUGGCAAACAGAAGCAAGGAAUGUAUCGGGCAUCAAUUAAUAUAACCCCUGCCCCCCCUCCUCGACCCAACGUACACACUGAGGAAAUUGAGGAGGAGGAGAGAGCCAGUGAUGGAGCAGCAUUAGCAGCAGGAGGAGGAGGUGGCAGAGGAGAAGCACCAGAGGUGGAGGAAGGAGCAGCGGGGGAAGUCAGAGUGGAUAGCCUGCAGCAGCUCAUCAGAGAGAUUCGAGAGAGUGUGGCGCAAGAGGUGCGACGGGAGAUCUACAGCGAGCUCUUGGCUGCCGUUUCACCACAGUCGUCACCACUACCCGCCAGGCAACCCCCCGUGUAGUCACAGCAACAGCAGAGCACCGCCCCUUUCAAUCACAGCCUGAGAGACACCACUGUCUGUCUGUAUCACUGUAUAGCUGCGUAACACUGUGGAACACAAUGUGUGUCUGGUACACUGUACGUCUCUAACACUGAUGAUGAAACGUCACCUGUAUGUGAAUAGCCCCGCCCCCACCUGGUUGCAUCUACUGCAGUGGUCUGAUGCUUCAUGGCUAUGCCACCCAGAGACACCAGCGACGUCCCUUCUUCCCUUUCUAAACUGUUGUGAUCAAACAGCAGACGCACCUAACUACAACCACUGCCACUUUUGCUAGUUAUGCUAGUUAUACUAGUAUACUAGUUUGCUCACACCUGCCAGUAUGACCACUACUAAUCCCAGUUCUGUCAAAUCUCCUCUGAUCCCAGCAGGAAAUCAGAUGACACUAGUGGAAGACAUGUUUGGAUAAUUGUAUUUAAAGAAAUCAUAGAGCUGAACUGUGCAACUGCACAUAAUACUAAUCAGAAUUAUCUUGUCCAUGAUCACCUUUAAAGAACAAUGUAAGAUUACUGAAUGUAACCAACUGUGGCGUCAGUGUUCAAAACCUCAGCAGUUAAAGCUUUAGUUCAGCCCAGUCGGCCACAACAUUAGAACCACCGCUCAUCUCGGUGCAGCGAGGACGAUGUGCCAAGUGCACUGCAAACACUGCCAGAAUAAAACAGGCUGCACUCCACAGCCAAACGACAACAGCAGGAAAGGAUUUGGUGUCAGUGUCCUGGUGCCAGAUACCACAGAACAUCCCGGAGUUCAUGCCCCAGUGGGUCAGAGCUGUUUUAAUUACAAUGAUGGGAACCUAAAGCAGUGUUAGGCAGAUGGGUUUAAUGAAGUGGCCGUUGGGUAUAUUUCCUCUCUUCCUGCUUUAUUUUUUUUAAAGCUCUACAAUUUUCUAGAACAUCUGAAAUUUUUGCUUCUGUUCCACGAUGAGCAUUAAUUUAAUUAAAUUUUGUGCUGAUCACAGCAGUGAAAAAUGAAAUUUAAUAAAUCUGAAAGUGAAACGGCACCUUGGUUACUCAGAAUUCUCCCUGGACCUUUAUUGGGAAUAUUUUAUUAGUUGUUUAAAAACAAAAAAAGCAGUGAAAACUGUUUCUGGGCAUUAUGUAUCUGAGUAUUUUUAAAGUUAACAAUUUCAAAGAGCCAUGUUAUGCUCAUAAUAUAGACUCAAUUUUAUUUUGGGGGAUCUACUAGAAUGUGUUUACAUAUUGUGUUUGUUUGGUUUUUUAACUUAAAACACACACAAAUUUUUAUAUAUUAUAGAUGACAUAGUAUUUAAUCAUUCUGCACAUUCCUGCAGCUUCUCUUUGCACUGUCUAAAUUGUUCCCAGCUACUCGUCCUCUGACAGCUGUCAGGGAGGCCAGUGUGUUAGACAGUAACAGAAGAACCAUAUGAGCAACAAACAUGUGGACUUUCCAAGUUCACACAUAAGCUAUACAGCAGACCUAAAGGAAAGGUGGGCAAAAACAAGAACAACAGGGGCACUUGAAGCAUUGUAGUCCCGGGCUGUUCGGCAGUAUGUAAAAUAAUUCAUGUUUGAAGAGCAGUUGCUUCUGACUUCAACUCUGUUUCACUUUGUCACAUCGUGGAGCUGCCUUCUUUUUUUCUUAAUCAGCUGGAUGCUUUAAACAUGAAGCAGCUGCUUCUAAGCCCCCUAAACAAACAUUUGAAAAACUUCUUUAUGGCGUGAACCCCACAGGUGAAACUCUUUUGUCCUACACAAUGUUGGGGUGGAGCCAGAAAGUGGAUAUUUACCCUCAAGGAGACUUCUUUCUAUUAUUGAAUUAGGCAGAAUUGAGCCUUAAAAAUAAGAAAAAUGCCCCAAUCAUCCAUUAAGCUGUACACUGUUAGAGACUGUAAAGGUCUGCAUUCCUUAAUCUUUAAUAAUAGUGCUGAACUUUUUCCACCUUAAAAUGACUCAUUCCAUGCACAUUUCACCUUAAUUGCUUAAAAAGGGUUUUAAAGUAGACAAGAGUUUCUGAUGCAUCAUCAUCGCCUCCAUUAUCGUCAUAGUCCUCCUGCUGCUCUACUCAGAUCACAGUAACUUUAAUAAUAACCCAUUUUAUGUUAGAGUACACUAAGUUUUGUUUAUAUGGAUAACCUGUGGUUAUCAGAAAUUAUCAGCAUAACAACAGGUGCAAGAUUUGUUAGCAUGUCUAUGACGCUGAUAGACGUGCUAUCAUGGCCUCCAGCUUUUUAAAAAAACAAAAAACAAACCAAAAAAAAAGCAUUUGAAUUUGACAGAUUUGGAGCUGCGAGAAAAGGUGUUUUGUUCUCUUUGGAUGAGCCACAUCAACACCUAGCCCCCUUUUUCCAGUCUUUGUGCUAAGCUAAGCUGUAAAAUCAGGGAGUUUUUGUUUCUCGUGUGUUUGUUUGGGUUUUUUUUCUUCAUGUCGAUCGUGCUUGAGCAGGUGAUGAAGUCAGCGUGCAAAGUCAUGAGAUGCUGACAUUGUAGAUGACAGAGAUUUCUGUAAGUUGUCAUGGGGACCGUGAUGAUGAUGUGGAUGAUGAUGUACUGGCAAGUCAGAGAGAAGAGCUUAGCUAGAUUUAGCUGCAUUGGCACGUUAGUUUCACUUGUGCAAUAAUGUAAAUGUGCUUUUUGAUCAUACGGAGCUCAUCUGUGGAUAUCUUGUUGAUAAACUGCCAACAUUUCAGAUGUGAUCAGUGCAAACCGCAUGUCUUAAUACAGAUAAACCUGAAACUUGCUGCUUUUAUUCUGGGAAAUUUGAAUCUUCUGCUUGAUCACAGAAGCAUUAAAAACCUGUUUUCUUUAGCAUUAAAGCCUUUGUUUAUGUGGUCGCUCUCAGCUUUCUGCAUGUACCAUUAGUUAUUGAUGAAUACAAAUGUAAAUGUGGGAGCUGAAUGUGUUUAAGGCAUCCACGCCCUAAACAUUAGGUUUUAUUUUGUUUUUAAGUCAUGUCGUUGGGUUUAUGAUCUUGUCGUGAUUACUUUGAACUUCCACGCAUACUUGCAUUAGGACUGAAAUUAUGUCCUGAAAGCUGAUCUUUGUGUGUAUGGAUGUACGUCCUUUGUCUUUGGAAACAAUAUAUCUAAGGUCCAAGGUGCACUCCCUAGUCAUGUGAAGCUUUCAGCAACAUUUAGCAUCAGCAUUGUCAUCGAGCACCUGGCUCAGGUGUUGUCAUGUGGCAUAAAUAUUUAGUCCAGUCCAAACUGGUAUGAACGAGACUUUUGUCCUCUGAUUCUCUUCAGACUUUGCUGAAUUUGUGUUUGCGGAAAACUUUCUCUCCGUGCUCGCUGAUCAGAAAUCCUUCACACACUUCUAAUUUCAUUUUAAUGUCGGACUGUGGGUGUCUACUCAUUUCUGUUAAUGUCUAAUAUUGAUUAUGUGUAUUUUGUACUGAUGUCUUAAAUGGGAUGCAAGGAGGGGACACUCUAUAGAGAUGAGAAAAUAAAGAUGUAUUUAUUUUCAGUACA